CGCGGCAACUCGAUGGAGAAAAUGGAGAAGAUGGAGGUCAAGUACGAGGAGCCGGCGAAGAAGCCGGGCUUCAUGAUCAUGGGCUACGGCGUCGACUUCCCGCAAGGCAAGACGCCGUUCCCAUCGCAGCUCGCGGUCAUGAGCAAGGUGCUCUUGGCGCUCAAGAAGCAGCAGAACGCGCUGCUCGAGAGCCCGACAGGGUCCGGGAAGACGCUCGCGCUCCUCUGCUCGUCGCUCGCGUGGCAGCGCCAGCACAUGCUUGACCUCCGCGAGGCCGAGAACAAGCGCAUCAACGAAGAGGUCCAGCGUAAGCUUGACGCGCCGGCGCCGGUGGCUGCGCCCGACCUCGACUCGAGCGUUGCCAGCAUUGACGACGACUUUGCACCCGUCUCGUUCUCGCAGUUCCAGUUUGACAAGAAGCGGCAGCUGCCCGACUCGCUACUGCCGUACACGACUGCACCAUCGGCAACUGCCUCGACGCCCGCGUCAGCGUCGACGACCGCCGACGUCCCGGCCGUGGCCAAGGAGAAGAUCCCGACCAUCUACUUUUGCUCGCGAACGCACUCGCAAAUCUCGCAGGUCGUCCAAGAGCUCCGGCGCUGCCCACACGCCGACAAGGUCAAGAUGGUCGUGCUUGGCUCCAAGAAGCACUACUGCGUCAAUCCGGCCGUGCGCAACCUCGACCCUGGCAAGAUCAACGACGAGUGCUCGACGAAGCGCGAAGAGAACAGCUGCAAGUUUGUCAAGAAGCUCAAGAUGCACAACGAGAUGAAAAAGGUCGUGCCGCCUGUGUGGGACAUUGAAGAACUCGUCGAGGUCGGCGAAGAGCUCCGCGAGUGCCCGUACUACUACACGCACGCGGCGGUCGAGCAAGCGACGCUGGUGUUUUGCCCCUACAACUACAUUAUGGACCCAACAAUCCGUGCGGCGGUCAAGAUCGACCUUAAGAGCGCGAUUGUGAUUCUCGACGAAGCGCACAACAUUGAGGACGUGUGUCGGUCGUCCGCGAGCAUGGAGCUGACCUACGACCAGCUCGAAGACGCAUCCAAGUCGUUUGAGAUCACGAUCAAGGCCCAAAUAAUGAAGAGCCCCUCGUAUAUCAUGCUGCUCAAGAUUCUCAACGGCUGGAAGCGCUGGCUCAGUAAUGUCGAUCGCGAAAAGCAGCUUCGCCCGAACGGGUACGAGACCGAGUCGCAAAAGUGGUCUGGCGCCGAUGCCAUUGCCGUACUCGGUGAUUACUGUGGUGUGACUGCUGCCAACAUUAACGACACGAUUGAGAAUUACCACACCGUCGCGACCGAAGAGCGCACGAGCGAUGACGACCCCGGCAACCCGACCGAAGCUGCCUCGCAGACCCAGCAAAAGGGAGUCAAGCUCACGUCGGUCGCGCUUCUCAGCGUUCUCUCGGUCCUCACGGUGGCCAAAUUCUUGUUUCGCCAUGUCGACGACUACAAGCUCGUGGCUGUCAAGUCCCGUCCGUUUGGCGGCGGCAAGAAGGCGGCCCAGAUGCAGCUCAAGGUCUGCCUCUGGUGCCUUCACGCCGGCGUGGCCUUUUCCGAAAUCACGGCGCAGGUGCGCAGUGUCAUUUUGACGUCGGGCACGCUCAGCCCUAUGACGAGCUUUGCGGGCGAGCUCGGGACGAAGUUUCCCAUCACGCUCGAAGCCAACCACGUGGUUGACAUGCGCAAGCAAGUGUUCCUUGGCGCGAUCAUGACGGGGCACAACCGGGUGGAUCUUAGCGCGUCGUACUCCAACCAACAAGACCUCGCGUACCAAGAUGCGAUCGGGCAACUCGUGCUGCGCUAUAGCGCGAUCAUUCCGGGUGGCAUCCUCGUCUUCCUGCCGUCGUACCGGCUCAUGGCGCAGCUCCACGCGCGCUGGGAGCAAACCGGACUUCUCGACGACAUUGCGCAGCGCAAGCAGGUGUUUACAGAGCCCCGGAGCGCCGGCAAGGACUUUGACGAGCUCCUCGAAGAGUACAAGAAUGUGAUCACAAAGUACCGCGCGCCGAGCAAAACCGAUGCCGCGUUGGCAGCAGUCGAUGUGACCAGCGACGGCGACGACGAGAAGCCCAGCCUCGAGACCAAGACGGGUGCGGUGUUUAUGGCUGUGUACCGCGGCAAGGUCAGCGAAGGCAUCGAUUUCUCCAACGACAAUGCGCGGGCCGUGCUUGCGAUUGGCAUUCCGUUUCCCAACAUCAAGGAGCAGCAAGUGGCGCUGAAACACUCACACGCUUUGCAGGAAUAUCAAAACAUGAAAUCGGUGACCAACAAGGAGCUCUCGAACGGCCGCGUGUGGUACGAACACCAAGCAUUCCGCGCGCUCAACCAAGCGCUCGGUCGGUGCAUUCGCCAUCGGCUCGACUAUGGUGCGAUCCUUCUCGUGGAUUCGCGUCACCGGUCAGGGCGGUAUGCGAACCAGCUCUCCAAGUGGACGCGGGGGCACUUGCUCGAGUACGAGCAUGCCGAGUUUGCAACGCAGGACGUUAAGGACUUUUUCGCGCGCGUGACGACCGACGCGUCACUCGAAGUGCCGAUCGAGGCGCCCAAGCCCGUCAAGGCCAAGAAGAAGACGAACGCGCGGGCCACCAAGGGUCGCAAGGCGUCCGCAUCCUCGGGUUGGUACUCGAAGAAGCCCAAGACAGAGCAGUCGUCCUCGAGUGGCUACGCGUCGAGCUUUGUAGCACCCGGCUCCAUCUCGAGCUGGAUGGCCAACCACACGACGACGGACGACUGAGUCGACGCCGUUGAGCACGCGAUAGGCGAACUAGUAGCUGUACGUUUUUGAUAGUAGAUGGAAGAAUGUGGGA